AUGUCCGAGACAAAGGAUAAGUCCAAGGUUCACAAACUCUCAAUUAAAGGAUCGGCGAAGCUUGUCGCUGAAUUUUUCGAAUACUCGAUAAAUUCGAUCCUAUUCCAGCGUGGCGUUUACCACCCUGAUGAUUUUACAACGGUGAAGAAAUACGGCCUCAAUAUGCUCGUAACUGCGGACGACCAAGUCAAGGCCUACAUUAAGAAGAUCAUGUCUCAGUUGAACAAAUGGAUGGCUGGCGGGAAAAUCUCCAAGCUAGUAGUCGUGAUCACAGAUCGUGAAACUGGGGAACAUGUGGAACGUUGGCAAUUUGAUGUCGAGGUCUUCGGAAAGUCAUCAAAGAAUAAACUCGCUGGGAGAUCGGGAGAUAAGGAAAAUGCGACUCCAGGUGAUGCUGAACCCCAUGCCGAGGAACCCGUUGAGAAAACCGAGAAAGAAAUCCAAGAUGAGAUCCGAGCUAUUUUCCGCCAAAUCACCGCAUCUGUUACGUUCCUACCCGUCCUCGAUGGCGACUGCACCUUCAAUGUCUUAGUCUAUGCCGAUGCGAACUCUGAAGUGCCUGUCGAAUGGGGUGAUAGCGACGCCAAAGAGAUCAAGAAUGCGGAGAAAGUCCAACUCCGCAGCUUUAGCACCAAUAGCCACAAAGUCGGUACUCUGGUCAGCUAUAGGAUGGCGGACUGA